AUGGCUCCAGAGAAAGAAGCAGCCAGUGGAUGGGAGUGGAGAAUAAGGGUCAGUGAUGUCUCAUCAAAAGUUUUAAGUCCAAAGGAAGGCCCUAUCACUAAAGUGUUGCUUGUUCUAAAGGCUCUGAUUAUUGGGAUCGUUAUGAAGCUGUCGAAUUUCCUGAAGAAAGCUUGGGAUGUGGCCAGCAAUGACCCGAGAAAAGCGGUACAUGGCAUGAAAGUAGGGCUGGCUCUCACUGCUGUCUCACUCUUUUAUUAUAUAAGGCCUCUGUAUGAUGGUGUUGGAGGAAAUGCUAUGUGGGGAGUUAUGACAGUUGUGGUAGUCUUUGAGAACAUAGUAGGUGCAACACUUUACAAGUGUUUGAACAGAAUAUCUGCAACCUUUAUAGCUGGAUCUAUUGCAGUUGGAGUCCACUUUGCUGCUAAGCAAUCGGGGGAGAUUUAUGAGCACAUUAUCAUGGGCCUUUCGAUGUUUAUUUUUGCUUCUGCAGCAACCUUCUCUAGAUUUAUCCCAUCAGUGAAAAGCCGGUUUGAUUAUGGUGCUAUGACCUUUGUCCUCACCUUCAGCUUGGUCUCCAUUUCGGAUUACCGAAUCGAUGAAUUAUUCCAUCUGGCACAACAAAGAUUAUCAACCAUCAUCAUUGGGACUUCCUUGUGCAUUUUUAUAAGCAUGUUUAUUUGCCCCAUUUGGGCUGGCCAGGAGCUCUAUUCGACGAUCACACGUAACAUGGACAAGCUUGCUAGUUCCCUAGAUGGUUGUGUAGCCGAGUACUUCAGCAUCAGUGAAGAAGACUCUACCGGUGGCAAAAAAGGAUCUGACAAAAACUUGUUGGGAUACAAAUGUGUGCUAAGUUCAAAAGCAUCAGAAGAAUCUAUGGCGAAUUUCGCUAGGUGGGAGCCUGCACAUGGCCGCUUCAAUUUCCGGCAUCCAUGGCAACAAUAUGUGAAAAUUGGGGCAGAAAUGCGAAGUUGUGCUUAUUGCAUUGAGGCUCUAAAUGGUUGCAUCAACUCUGAGAAUAAGGCCCCAGAUAACCUGAAGAAGAGCGACUUAGAAUUGAGCUCCAACUCUUCAGGUGUCAUAAAAGAGCUUGCAAGUAUUAUCAAGACAAUGAAGAGAUCAUCAAGCAUAGAUUUCCUUGUUGAACAAAUGAACAGUGCAGUUCAGGAUCUCCAAAACGACAUACAAUCUCUUCCUAGUUUGUUCACUCCACAGCCAUUGCCCGAAUCCAAAAAUCCUCAACCUCAAGACAAGAAAAGUACUGAGGAUAACUCCACUGAAGCAGCCUCGGUCCCUCCUCUCAUGGAGGUGAUUCCUCUAGUGACUUUGGCUUCUUUGCUUACUGAAAUCGCUGUGCGGAUUGAACGCAUUGUCAGCGCUGUCGAAGAGCUCGCGGACUUGGCUCAAUUCCAGCCUGUGACUGAUGAAAAGAUGGAAGAAGAUAACAAGAUUGUGAAAGACCAACAUAAAGAAGAUGAAACCAUGAGCAAUCUUCAAAGGGUGUAA